GUCGUGGGCCGCCCAGUCGAUCGCAAGCCGCCGCCGCGCGCCCGUCUCCCGCGCCCACCGCGAUCGCUACAAACACAUGUUCAUUCAGAAAAUCUAACAGACUUCUUCGUUUGCAUCCUGCAUACAGAUUUAUAGUGCCAUAAGAGACUUAGUGAGGUGCGUUCAGAGACUCGCAGCGCCAGUGCUAGUGUGCCGGCCGACCUGUGGAUCCCGGGUCGACGCCAUUAUUGCAUUUCAUUCAACCAGGAUCUUCAUAAGAGUGCGAGAUGCGGGACGAGCGCGCCUCGCUGCCGCGCGUGCGCAUCGCCGUCAUCGGCAGCUCCCGAGUGGGCAAGUCAGCUUUGAUUGUGCGUUAUCUGACUAGACGCUACAUCGGGGAGUACCAUUCCAACACAGAUCUCCUAUACAGACAGACAGUUCCUAUAAACGGCACUCCAGUGGAGUUGGAGGUGAUCGACGUAUCCGGGACCAAUGCCGACAAGUUCCCAGCUGAACAGAUCCAAUGGGCGGACGCGUGCCUGCUAGUGUACUCGGUGACGGACCGCAGCAGCUUCGACUACGCCACGGAGGUGAUGAGCUCGCUGCGGCGGGGGCCGGGGGCCGCGGGGGGCAGCCCCGCGCACGCCGCCGCCGCGCCCAUGCCGCUCGCGCUGCUCGGGAACAAGACCGACCUCGACCACCUCAGACAGGUAUCCACCAAGGAGGGCCAGUCACUGUGUAGCUCGCACGGAGCCUCGUUCAGCGAGGCGAGCGUGGCGGACAACUCCAACGACCUGUACCGCUGCGUGGACAAGCUGCUGUCCGAAGUGCGCACCCCCUCGCAGCGCACGCGCAAGUUCUCUGUCACCAAGAUGCUCGGCUCUCUUAUAGGCGGCACCAACAACUCGUCAUCAACAUCCCGCAGCGGGUCGGUGGUGGCGUGCCCCCGCAUGCCCCCGCCCGCGCGGCCGCCGCUCGCCGCCGCCGCGCCCUGACCGGCGGCCGCGCCGGCGCACCGCGCGCGCUGAUGCCUCGGGGCCGCCUGCCUGGCCUGCCUGCCUGGCCGGGCCAUGGCGCACGUCUUCGUAUAAACCUACCCAAUCAAGAAGUAGGCUAUGAUUUUUAAUUAUAAGUGAUAAUAUUCCACGUUGAACGCUUCGUCUAUUGAUGUUACUGUGUAACGGCGCUGUUAGAACGUCUCGGGCAAGUGGCAGCCACUACGCAAUAUUUCAUUUGCCUGUUCUUAUUGUAAAUUUAAUCGUGUAGUUAGCAAAUAUUGGACAAUAAAUUGUUUGAAGUAUAAGUGUUGGCAUCAAAAUUUAAAUCAAUGUUUAGUGGUGAUAUUUUAAUAAUACUCAACUAGCCAAAGGAAACCAAAGAAAAUAGGUAUCUAGGUGUUAAUAAACAAUACCAGGAAUUUGUCCAGUUUAUUAACUUGUACACUAAACACUUUAUACCAAAAUAUUGUAUGUGAUACAUGUGGGGUAGUUAAAAUGUGAUUUCUCUUCAAGCCCCCUAGUAGGGUUUCAGUAAAUACUAACGAUACUGUUAGAACCAUAAUAUUAUAUGAAUGGAAGAUAAUAAUAAUCUUUUAACAUUAAAUUAAUCUAUGACUUUUUAUAAACUAUUAGUUAUAAUUAAUCACUUUUCUUACUCUUGUACUGUAUCUAAGUACCCAGUACUUCAUGUUUCAUACUUUUAUAUGAACUUUUUAAUGAGUCACAAUAUUAUUAUAAACUAAGUCACAAAAUACCUUUUUCAACAGCAUAAUAUUAGUCUUGCUUAGUCG